AUGGGCCGAGGACAGAGAGCACCAGGCAGAGGUGUUGGGCUAACUGAGGCGAGGCGGCCUACUUUGGUUUAUGCUGUACAUCGCCGUGAGGACAGAGAUGCUCCGGACGUUAUCACGGACAUAGGUUCUACACACUCUUACGUAGCUAGUAUGGUGUCUGAGACCUUGGGGUUGUCGUUUGAAAGCAGUUCUAGUGAUAUGGCAAUGGUGAGUACGUUGGGGCAGUCUAUUGGAGUUAGUAAACUGUUUAGAGACGUUUCGUUAGAGGUCCAAGAGACUGUAUUUCUAGUUGAUCUGAUGGAGCUUCUAUUUGGGGAGUUCGACUUAAUUUUAGGCAUGGACUGGCUGGUUAAACAUCGAGUGAGUCUGGACUGUGCUACGAAAAGGGUUGUUCUCAGGACCGAGGGGGAUAAUGAGGUGGUCGUGAUUGGGGAACGCUGA